GCCUGUGGUUACUCUGGCUUAUCCUCUAUAUGCUUCGAUUAGGGCAAUUGAGACCAAGUCUCGUCUAGACGAUCAGCAAUGGCUCACAUAUUGGGUUUUGUAUUCCAUGAUCACUCUCUUCGAGCUUACUUUUGCGAAAGUUAUCGAGUGGCUCCCCUUUUGGUCUUAUGCAAAAUUGCUCGUCACCUGCUGGUUGGUUUUGCCUUACUUCAGUGGGGCUGCUUAUGUUUAUGAGCAUUUUGUUAGACCUAUCUUUGUGAAUCCGCAAUCAGUUAAUAUCUGGUACAUUCCACGGAAGAAGGAUGUCUUCAGUAAGCCAGAUGACAUUCUAACCGCUGCGGAGAAAUACAUUGAAGAGAAUGGACCAGAAGCAUUUGAGAAGCUCAUUAGUAGGGCUGAGAAAGGUGUGGCAUCCAGGAGGAGUAAUCACAUGAUCUUCGACGAUGACUAUGGAUACUGAACAUUUUGAUUGUCUAUAUUUUGUCACAACCAGUUUCUCAGCUAAAGUUAACUCCUAAUAUUAAUUAACCUUUACCUCUGUGGAUAUGUGAUCUUGCCUUUUGUGGUUUUCCUUUUCCUGGAGGGAAUGCCUUUUGCUUGAAGUGGUUUUGUUCUCCUUUUGUUUUAUACGAGUCUGUGAACUUAAAAAGCAAGUGUAUUAAUAUUAUUUACAAUAAUAAUUUCAUUGAGUCUCUUCUGUUGUUAUCA